CUUAAAAGUAGCUGGACUGUGCAUGCAUGAGCACUCCUUUUUACCAGUCUAUUUCAAAGAGAACCAAUCGCACCUUUUGAUUAUUCGAUAUUCACCUGCUUUCUUUUGCUCGCGCGAACACUUAUCAGUCGUGCUGUUUCUUGAUUGUAAGAUCACAUUUGCACACAUAUUGACAAACAGUCUUAAACUAAAAUUCUAAUAUUUAGUGACAAAACAUUACUGACAUUUAAAUAAACUAUUUUCAACAGCCAACAUGGCUAGUGAGGGUGUCUGUCUAACCCGCCCCAGGCAAAAUCUUCACGCAUUUGGCGGGUGUUAAUGUCAAGCCCUGUAUAUAGUUAAUAAUUAUAAUGUUGAGUUUACUAUUACAAAUGUGCAAUGUUAUUUUUAUAAAUCAAGUAUUUUAAUGCAGCUUAUUAAUUAUGUCCAAAGCUACAGUAUAUUGUAUGUUUGAAAUACGUUCUUGAUUGGUUUAAAUUUCCAAGUAUUUAUAAAACUUUUCUUUCUAUUUGCUGCUAUAAAGCGGAGGUGCAAAAAGGAGAGAUCUCUGAUCAACAAAGUCAGAUGUAUGAAACAAAGAAAGUGUCUGUGAAGGUAGGAGAAUCUGUCACCCUAAAGCCUGAUGCUGUAAUUCAGAGAGACGAUCAGAUACUGUGGACGUUUGGACCGCAAGAGACUCUUAUCGCUGGAGUCAAUGGAAAUACCAGAGAGAUCUCUACCGGUGAUUGUGCUGAUGGGAGAUUCAGAGACAGGCUGAGGCUUGACUCUACAACUGGAUCUGUAACGAUAACAAAAACAGCAAGCGAACAUGUUGGAGUCUAUAAACUGAAGAUCAUCAGCAGCACUGGGACCUCAUACCAAACCUUCAUUCUUACUCUCAUACAGGAUGUAAAAUCAGUGAUGGAGGGAAGUUCUGUCACUUUAGACCCUGACUCUGAAACACAGAAAGACGAUCUGAUCCUGUGGAUGUUUGGAGAUGAAGACAGUCUCAUAGCUCAGUUGCAAAAGACCACAAAGACAUUCGAUGGUACUGAUGCAAGAUUUAAAAACAGACUGAUCCUUGACAAGAAGACUGGAUCUCUGACCAUCACAGACAUCAAAAACUAUCACUCAGGACUGUACAAACUACAGAUCAGCAACAGCAGCAGGGGAACCUCAUGCAAGACCUUCAAAGUGCUGGUAAACUUCGAGAAAGUGUCAGUGAUGGAGGGAGAUCCUGUCAAGCUAGAGGCUCAUGUUGAAAUUGGUAAAAAAGACCAGAUACAGUGGCUGUACAAAGAAAACACACUUCUAGCCGAAAUCGAGGGAAGGAGCAGAGAGAUCCGUAAAUAUGAUGUUGGAGGUGGGAGAUUCAAAGGCAGAAUGAUGGUGGAUGGCAAGACUGGAUCUCUGACCAUCAAGAACACCAGACCUGAGCACACUGGACUUUAUACACUAAAGAUCAACAGCAGCAAAGAGCCAUGGGACAAACAUUUCUUGAUUUUUGUCAAAGUGAGUAUGAUAUUAGGAAAGGAGGGAAACAACGUCACUCUGAAUGUUCAAGAUGAAUUACAAAGAGAUGAUCUGAUCCUGUGGAUGUUUGGAGACGAAGACAACCUCAUAGUUCAAAUGAAUGGAGAAACAUCAGAGAGCACAUUUACUGAAGCCGACGAGAGAUUCAGAAACAAACUGCUGCUGGACAAGAUGACUGGAUCUUUGACCAUCAGAAACAUCACGAGCGAACACUCUGGAGCUUAUAAACUACACAUCAUCAGUAGCAGAAGGACAUUUUACAGGAGAUUCCGAGUUUUUGUGUGUGGUGACUCUGAUCCAAACACUGUGUCGGUGAAUGUGGGAGAAAGCUUAAUUUUAAUCACUAAUUUUAUUGUAAAUCGAGAUGAGCAGCUGCAGUGGACAUUUGAAGGUGUGACCCUAGCAUCUGGAAUGAACGGAGACGUCAGUAAGACUUCAUAUGGGGAUGAUAGGAGAUUCAGAUGCAGGCUGGAGCUUCACCAUCAAAGCGCAUCUCUGACUGUGAAAAACACCCAAAAAAGUGACUCUGGAGUUUAUCAGCUAAAACUCUGCAACAGAGGAGGGAAGAAAAUUUGCUUGAAAGUCAAUGUUACCAUUUCUGGUGGGUAACUUAAUUCUAAUCAACAUUAAAAUUAAAUCCAUUAUUCGUUUUUUUAAAGAGUUAAAAUUCAAAUUUUCUAAUUUCUAAUAUAUAUAUUAGGGGUGGA